AUGGCCACAAUCAAUGCCCAGGAUAGCUACCAAGGGUCCUAUCGGGCCGGGACAAUCGCGAUGACUGUCCUGGGCGUCCUGUUCGUCAUUCUACGGCUUUUGGCACGGUGGAAGAAGUCAUUGAAGCCAGGCUGGGAUGAUUAUAUGAUCAUGGCCGCUUUGCUUCCUCUAUUAACUCUUGUUGGCUUGAUGCUAGCAUUAACUAACUAUGGCAUGGGAUUACAUUCUGAGAUCUUGCCGAUGGAAAAUAUCAUGAUGAUUGCAAAGCUCUUGGUAGUGUUCGAGUGCAUAUAUGUCACAACAAUAGCAGUCACCAAAGUUUCUAUCUUGCUCAUGUAUUGUCGCAUCUUUCCCACGAAAGAAAUCCGGACUGCCUCCAUGAUCUUGGGUGGGAUAUCGCUCGCGUGGGCCGUUGCUAUCAUUUUCGUGAGCAUCUUCCAAUGCACUCCGAUUGCACGAGCCUGGGACACUCGCAUCCCCGGUACCUGUAUCGAUCUCAAAGCCUCGUUCAUUGGAAAUGCAGUACCCAAUGUUGUCACCGAUAUUCUCAUUCUGUCUCUGCCGGUGCGGGUGGUGUGGGGACUGCACGCAAGCCUUACGCACCGGCUGUCCGUAAUUGGAAUCUUUCUCUUGGGUAGUUUCGUUAUCUUUACCAGUGUAUAUCGCUUCACUACCCUGUUUGAUUUCAAUCCGGCGGACAUUGCUUGGACACUCGGAAAGUCCUGCACCUGGUGUGUCGUGGAAUGCUCAACGGGAAUUAUCUCCGCUUGCAUGCCGACCCUACGCCCGUUGUUCUUGAUGGUUUCAUCCAAAUUCUCCAGCCAGUCUGGUACCCAGAGAACACGAACAGCAGAUCUCGAGAACUCUAAAGGUUAUGAAUUGGACAAUUCUGCCCUACGACCAUCUGAUGAGCCGCGUAAUAAAACUAAAACUCACCUGGAUGUGUCCCAAGCCGACGAUGCAUCUGGGGAUGAGGUGCCGUUGAAUUCCAUUCGAGUUCAGCGGGAUAUGACAUGGCAAGAAUCGAGUGGUGAUUCAUUUCGAUUUAAAUAA